CUGAAUAUGCCACUACUCCCCUUUGAAACUCCUUGAUCUCGUUGAGCUUUUCUUCCCCAAUUUAGUCAGGUUCGCUGCUUUGGCUUCGAUUUCUAGGGUUUCAAUUCUGGAAGCGAGGUCAGUCGAGAGAGGUAUGGAUUGGGGAAGCGUGACCGCGGAGGAUCUGAUCGACGCCUUAAGGGAAGUUGAUUGGUCCUCGCCACCGCGCCCUAUCUCGGAGUUCUUCUCCCGGUUCACCAUCCCUAGAUCAUAUUCCAAAUGGACCAGUCGAUUCAAAUGCAAUCUUUACUACUACAGAACGAAUUACUUCAUCCUGAUCAUUUUCGUGCUUGCAGUGGGAUUUCUUCUGAAGCCUCUUGCUGUUGUUUCGGCCUUUCUCACAGGUUUAAGCAUCACGUCUUUAAAUGAUAGCUUUGCUGUUACUUUUAACGAGAAAGCAACAAGGGCUGUCAGACAGUUUUCUCCCCAUCUAGCUGCAAAACUGAGGCCCCCUAUAACGCCAGUAAUUCGCGGACGAUCAUCGACAAAAAGAGCAAUCCAUAUAUGUGGCCAGCCUCGUUGGGUGUUUGUUUUAAUAUCCUCAAUUGCUAGUUGUAUCCUCUGGUUGACUUCUUGCAACCUCCUUUCAGUGCUUUGGGCACUCAGCAUUGGGCUGCUUGCGACAAUACUUCAUGCAAGUUUCAGGUCACCCAACCUGAAAGCACGCCUCAACACAUUCCGUGAGGAAUUUCGAGCAGUAUGGCGCAAUUACAGCGAGCUAUAGUCACUGAGGUGAAGAUGACUAUUUUCCCUGAAAGGUAAUUUUAUUCUCAUGUCUUCAGUGCAAAAUGGAAGGAUAUAGCUCCAAAUAGACAGUAUGGCCUUACCAUUUCAUCUUGUUUCAGCUUUGCACCGUUAUUCAGCUCCUCUUUAGUCUUAUGAUAAUGCUAGUCACACAAGAUUCUCCAUUAGAAAUAAAUCCUUCACGAUAUUGAUAUCUCGAUACUUCCCACAGUCUAGUUAGUUUCUUAGUUGUGACACUUGUAGGGCUGGAUGCUUCUCGUUUCCUUGAGAAGAGCAAUUCUAGUUGAACUUGCAAAGAAGGCUUCUCCUAUGUAACUUAGAUAUUGACGUUGUUCUUGUAUGAUGCAUGGAUGUUAAAUGUUCAUAAAUGUUUGCGGGUAAUACAUAAUGCAACUGAAUCUUUCCAUGUAGGAUCCGGCUUGAAACUUUCUAGUUUUGCCUUACUAAAAAAAUCUUGUACA